CUUUUUCCAUUCAGUUAUCGCUCAGUAGCUUAAUGCAUUUAGAAGUAACUAAUAUCAAGUAAGGUGCUUGUUUACAAAACUAACUUGUGCUAUAUUUCGUGGACUAUACUUUAUACAUUUCAUCAUGAUGAGUUUGAACGAGGAACAGGAGCUGGAUCUAUCGAGAACUGAACGUUCCAUGUCGGUCGGAAGCGAUGGACCAAGUACCCCUGGCAGUGUUAGUGAUGAUUCUUCCGAUGGUGAGCAGAAAGACAGCAUUCGUGAUGCCGUGUCCCAAGUGCUGGAGGGCUACGACUGGAGUUUGGUGACAAUGCCAACAAAAAACGGCGGCAAAGAUGGAAAAUCUAAGCCCCAUAUUAAACGUCCCAUGAACGCAUUCAUGGUGUGGGCACAAGCAGCCAGAAAACGACUUGCAGACCAGUACCCAAACCUGCAUAACGCCGAACUCAGCAAAACUCUUGGACGUCUGUGGAGAAUGCUUUCUGAUAAGGAAAAGAAACCAUUUGUUGGUGAGGCAGAUCGUCUACGUUUGGAACACAAAAAGAAGUACCCCGACUACAAGUACCAACCCAGACGCCGAAACAAACCAGUCAAAAAUGGUUGCCCAUCGGACUCAUCCCAUCCAGGUCAUCUGAAUCCUGCUGUAUUUAAUGGUUUAGUACCGGACACAACAGAUGGUAUGGAAAUGCCAUACAGAGGUACUAAGAUGCCUCAGAAUUCUGCACCAGGACAACACGGACCUCCAACUCCACCAACCACACCGAAAAAUGACCCAGAUAUGCCUCCGAUGAAGCGUGCCAAGUACGUAUCAAACGUCAUAGACUAUGUUCCAGAUUUAAAUGACUUUGUUGAGCGUAGCGAGCUUUCCAUGUAUCUUCCUGGUCAAGCAAAUGCCAUGCCAAGUACAAACGUCAAUUCAAAUCUGCCUGCUGUAUCCAAGGAAACACCGCCCCCUUACAGUUCCACCGCCUACACAGUUCUCACCAGUACUAAUGUUUCAACGAGACAGACACAACCCUGGAUGAGCAGGAACCAAGACUCUAGCUCGCCGCUUAAUCUAAGCAGUCCCAACCAACAAAUGAAAAGCCCGCACCACGAGAUGGUCAAUACCAACCAAGCAACGUACGAGAACUUGAACUCGCCAGAGCAUCAACAGCAAGCAUACGACUUUACACUUCAAACGACCAAUCAGAACCAGUUUCAAGACUAUCCAUCAUCAAACUACAGCUAUGAACAAAGCAGUCCCCAACAUGGUAACUUCUACCCAACACAUACCUCACAGACGACACCUUUACCCAGUAUGUUCCAGUUCCAAAGGUCGCAGCGGUACAUGGAAGUCGCUGAUGCAAACUCCGUAAUGCCAAUCCUUCAGGACAGAUCUUGGGAAAACUAUGCAGCGAUGGCGCGGUCAUAACCGCCCAGCCAUGUUAAAGAACUUUUGCCGCUUAUCUUGUAAUUAUGUAUAUAUUAUAAACAUCUGUAUAAAAGUUUUUAAUAUAAGUAAAAAUGUUUUUCAUAUGUAAAUAUUUAUACAUAAAUUUGCAAAGAGCAAGGGAGGGGAAAAAAAAUUAAUUAAAUACUAUAAUAGGAUACAGUAUUAUUGCAACAAUUUUGUAUGAGAUCAACGGAUGAUUCCUAAUACUUUUUGAUUUUAAGCAAUCAUAAUUGAUAUCACCUUGAUUUACAGUUAAUUAGUAGCCUCAAGUCGGGUUUCUAAAAUACUAUGCACAUUUUGAAUUGACCAAAUAUAUAGCUUAUUGAUAUCAAAGGGCUGUUAAAGUAUGUAGAUACAUUCAAAUGCCUAUGUAGUAUAACAUAUUUUUACAAGCAUUGCUAAUAUGAGGUUUCUACUUGUGACUGCAUUGAGGUCAACAUUUUUUGUGAUGUUGGUACUGGGUAACAUUUAAGCUACAGUAGUUGGGGGUUGUCUUGGUUUUAUGCGUAAUUUGUGGCUACUUUUAAAGUGUAAAUUACUUAUAUUACCAAGAGAUCCUACUACAACACAAAAUAUUGUAUUGAGGAAGUUUAACAGCAGUUGGGUUAGAUAGGUUAAAUUUGGUGUAAAUGGAACUUGACAGAUUGUUGAUGCUGGAAAGGGAACUUGGAACACCUGGGCAGUUGUACAGCAAUUUCUGGUAGCUUGCUGAGAUAUUAACCAGGUGGGCUUAUCCAAAAGCACACACCAAAAUCUCUUUAAGUUCUUCCAUAACCUAACCUUUUAAACAAUAUUCGAUUCCAAUUGUUAUCUCUAAAUAAUUAAUAUCUUAUGCAAAAUUGUCUUCCAUAAUAAGGUGAUUGCUAUUUUUGUAAAAUUUUAAAUUAUUUUAUAAGAUCCAUAAUUUAUGCAAACUUUUAAAUGUUUAUAUAAAAGGUGUAAACGGUUAGAAAUACUUGUUUUAUACUUUUAAAUAGUUUUUCAUAAAUAAAUAUAGAAAAAAAUAUCAUGAUUAACUCAUAUUUUUGUAGGGGUUAUAGAUAGGCAUUCCACAUUUUAACAUUCGCAUUUAUAUAAUUUGAUGUACAUUCUCACAUCUUAACGAAUAACCCCAAACUUGUGACCAAUAAACAUUUUAUACAGAGGAUUUUAAGUAAGUUUAUAUAACAUUUUGUCUAGUUUAUGACUACUGUAAAUAAAACCUGUUUUGUUGUGUUUUAUAAGAUUUUUUAGAAAAGUUUGAAUAUGUUAUAUUGUGUCAGAUAUUAUGCAAGUUUGAUGUCAUAUGUGUGGCAUUUACGGAAAGUGUAUCAUACAGCUACAGUUACACAAAUAUAAUUUAUAAAAAUAAGAAUAA